UUUUUAUUUGCUAUGCUUAUUGACAGAAGAGACCGCUUACAUGGCUUAGGCUUACAUUAACAUUUUGAUCUUGAAUGAAAUUUCGCUUAGUUUUGCUCUACUUUGUAAAGCGAUAGACGAGCAUCAUUUUCGGAAAGAAGUGAUUCAUCCAGUGUAGAAGAUGGCUGAUGAAAACGAGAACUCGUGUGAUAAGUUUGACGAUGUGAAACCAGACAAAAUGUUUACAUUGAAAAAAUGGAACGCUGUGGCAAUGUGGAGCUGGGACGUCGAAUGUGAUACCUGUGCCAUUUGCCGGGUGCAAGUUAUGGAUGCCUGCCUACGCUGUCAAGCUGAGAGCAAAAAGGACACUCUCGGACGUCAGGAUUGCGUUGUAGUUUGGGGCGAAUGUAAUCAUUCCUUCCACCAUUGCUGUAUGUCGUUGUGGAUUAAACAGAAUAAUCGUUGCCCACUCUGCCAGCAGGAGUGGUCCAUUCAGCGGAUGGGCAAGUGAAACGAAGAAACACGGUUCAAAACUACAAAAUAUGGUGUACUGAUCUGAAUUCAAUAAUAUGAACCAUUCGUAACUACGUAUAUUUCCAUUCGUAAUACUUGAAUAAAUAAAGCAAGUUAAAUAGAA